UUUAGAGUCGGGGGUGCAGCUGUUCUGCUGUCUAACAAGUCUGUGGAUAGAAGAAGAGCAAAAUAUAAGCUUGUUCAUGUUGUUAGGACACAUCGUGGGGCUGAUGAUAAGGCGUUUCGUUGUGUUUACCAAGAACAGGAUGAUGCUGGGAAAACUGGGGUAUCUUUAUCGAAAGAUCUCAUGGCAAUCGCUGGUGGAGCACUUAAGACGAAUAUCACUACCUUGGGUCCUCUUGUUCUACCCAUCAGCGAGCAGCUUCUGUUCUUUGCUACUCUGAUAAUUAAGAAAAUAUGCAAUAAGCAUGUGAAGCCUUAUAUUCCAGAUUUCAAGUUGGCUUUUGAUCAUUUCUGCAUACAUGCUGGUGGAAGAGCCGUUAUUGACGAGCUAGAAAAGAAUUUGCAGCUGACGCAGGUUCAUGUUGAGGCAUCUCGAAUGACACUGCACCGCUUUGGAAAUACUUCGUCCAGCUCCAUCUGGUAUGAACUGGCGUAUACAGAGGCCAAAGGAAGAAUGCGGAAAGGUAACAAAGUUUGGCAGAUUGCAUUUGGAAGUGGUUUUAAAUGUAAUAGUGCUGUUUGGCAGGCAUUACGAAAUGUAAAGCCUUCUCAGAAGGGUCCCUGGGAAGAUUGUAUUGACAGGUAUCCUGUAAAAGUAGUCUCAUAGCACGGCAGAAAUCAUGAUUAUGCAGUUCAAGGUUAUUAGUAGAUGCUUCAGUGGCCAUGUCCUCGCAAGUUACAUGUACUUCAUGGCGCCUCUUUGCUUGAAGCUGACGGAUGGUCUGCUUCCAACUUUCCCAUUUUCCUCUCAAUUCAUGAAUCAAGUAUCAGUUUUUCUUUCCCUUUUUCUUUCUUGGUUAGGGCCUAGUGCUACUUUGUGUUGUAUCAUUUCAACUUUUACUCGUAUCUUGAUAUAUGUAGUGAGUGCUAUUCUGAUAGUAAAGUCAACUUGUCUCAGUGAACAUCUCUUCAUGAUUGAAUUUGUGAGUAGGGACUCAAGUUACUAAUAGGUCUCACUUAUUUCUCACUGUGAGCCAAAUGAUUCCAUAAA